AUGGUAUCUUCUAUGAUCGACAAUAGUGUGAUUAACAUGUGUAUAACUUCUGAUUCUGAUAGUGAUACUGGGGUGAAGUCCAGGUCCAGAUCACGGUCAGCAUCGAUGCAAGAUCCGUUGUUAGCACCAUUACAUGAUGGUGGUAAGAUGGGAAUUGAAAAAAACACCAAUAAUGCAACGAGUACAAAAAUACAGGGAAACAAGACUAUCACACAUAAUAGCGGUGAUAUCCAUUCUGUGAAAUCAUCCUUUGAUGACAAUCCUUUACUCGCCAUUACCAAACCCACGUUUGCGCCGAACAACACGCCGGUACAAAGCCCACCAAUUUCAUCUCCAGAUAUCAUCAAUAGCACUAUCAGUUGCACCAAUACGAAUUCUAGUAAUUCCACUACAUCUUCAUCAGCAGUUGAGCAACAGCAACAGCAACAACCGUUUACUUCACCAACUGGCCAUACUAAUUCGAACAACCACGAUGUCUCAGCUUUACGUCGUUUCCCUCCUUCAAACGCAUCAUCUUCUUUCUCGAUACCGUACUCACUCGACAGUAUGGGAAAACACCAACACCAACCAGCAUCACCAGAACAAGAACAAGAAGAGCUGCAGUCAUCGGUCACUGCUGUUAACACCACCGCCAACGCCAACAAGAACGCCACCGCCACCCUCAACACAAGUGCCGUCAGAGACAACACUGCAGAAAUAACACCCCCUGGCGGCACGCAGCCGCCAAGAUCGUCGUUGCUCGGCACAAAAAAAUCAACAAAACCACAAACCCAAACCCACCGCAAUAGGAGCAACAGCAACAACAAGAACAACAACAAGAACCACGACGAAGAACAAGAACAAGAACAAGAACAUGAACAUGGUGAAUUUGUUAUGGUGGGAAAAAAUGAUCGUUGUGGCGGUCACGACGCUACCAAGGGGGCUGCAGUCUAUAAUGGCGGGAAAAUUUUUCCCCCAAUUGGCUUUGUCGUUACAAGUGGUGCGUGUGACAGUAAGAAUAAUCCAGCAGCCGUUGUUGGAAACAAUUUUGUAAAACGCAAAAACGGUCACAUGCAGUCAUUUGUCACGAGCGACAGCGGCAACGAUGAUGACGACGACGAAGACGAAGACGAAAUCGAAGUUACAGGUAAAGUUCAGGAUAAUGUUCGAACUAAUCAAAAUGGUGAUACAAUAAGUGAGGGUAUGGUUAGGCAACAUAUUUCUACUGUUAAAGAGGUUCCUGAUAUUCACUUGUUGCGUUUAAAGGCUAAUAACACAAGCGAACACAGAUCUAGAGUGUUUUCUACUCCUGUUGUUAUUAUGGGCGAUAACGCUGACUCGAUCAAAAAGGAUAUUCUAGAUUCCUCAAAUACACAAAAUAAUAUGACAAGUGAUAGAGAAUUACUCGAUGGAAGUAGAAAUUUGAAAACUAUUUGGGGUGAAGAUUCUUCGACUUCUAGUAAAGUUAUGAAUUCAAGUUCUAGUUCAAGUUCAAAUUCAAAUUCUAACUCUAAUUCUAAUUCUAACUCUAAUUCUAAUUCUAACUCUAACUCUAUUCCCAAUCACGAUUCUGGUUCAAGUUCAAGUUCCAGUUCCAGUUCGAAUUCGAGUUCGAGUUAUAGUGGUGUUCAAAGUUCUCAUUCUGAACCACAAAGUAAUUUAAUUGAAAGACAUGAAUUAAUACAAACUCAAAUGAAUUCAAAAGACAAUUCUCCUGAUGAAAAUAAAAUAUCUUCAACAACAACUACAACUACUACUUCCACAGACACAGCUGCCACUACUACAACUACAACUACUUCAACUGCAACAAAUAAAUUUAAUCAUGGUAUACCUCCUGAAAAAUUAUAUAUCGAUAGCAAGAAAACAGUGGGGAAUCUAUCAUCAAAUGAUCACCCAAUUCAUAUCACCUCUUGGUUAAGCUCAAAACGUGGUGACGAAGUAUAUUCCUUAUUAGAUGUUCCUUCAAAUCAUAGAUUCCACGAAAUAAGCAGUAGAGAUAGCGACAGACAAAGAAGCAGGUACUCCAUUUCUGGUGAUCUAAUUUCUUCCCAACCUCCAAGAUCAGCCUUGUCUUUGAGUAGUAGUUCGGCAAGUAGCAGACCAGCUGCUGACUUCACGGUCGAUCAUACACCCGCCAUAUUCGGCUCUGCUCAGCAUGGUGAAACAAAUAUUCAAGUAAAAAUCGAAGAUACCAACAAUGGAACUGCAGUUAAUGAUAUCAAACCCCCUCAAAUCACCGAUGAAGAGAAAAAUAAUAAUAAAUCUUCAUCAAAAAAUAUGAAGAAACACAAAAAUGUGCCAAUUUCUUCAAACAUUCACAAAAAUGAUAAUUCUAAUAGUUCCAAUAGAAAUGUCGAGAAUAAUGAUAAUAACAGUAAUAACAACAACAACAACAAAAAUACUAAUACUAAUGAUAAUAAUAACGAAGAAGAAGAAGAAGAGAAUUAUGUACCUCCUCCUCCUCCAAAAUUUAUAAAUUCAAAAUUAGACGGCGUAAGAUCAAGAUUAUUGUUUAAUCCAAGAUCAACCUCACCAAAAGUCGAUGAUGAUAUGGGCACGGCCGCUGCUGUGCUAUCAAAUAUGAGAUCCUCCCCAUUUAGAUUCACCAACAGGAGCGCCUCACUAGGGAGUGCAAGUAGACCAGGUUCGUCUUCUUUAUCCUCAAAGAACUACCAACGUCCUAUUAUAAGGAUACAAAACAGAGAAAGAUUAUUUGACGACGAAGAUGAAGAUGAUGAUGCCAUCUGGGAUGAUGAUGACGAUGACGAGGAAGAGGAUGGGUCGAGUUCGUUGACAGCUGGCGCUUCCAGUGACGUUAAAAAUUCUUCAGGUCGCAAGAACUAUCCAAAUGGCCAUCCAGCCACAUCUGCAAAGACAGGUAACUACAGAGAGGUGACUUGGAAUAAAAAUGGUAAACGAAUCAAUGGCAGACCUGCUCCUAACGCAUCGACGAAAAAGGUUAAAAGGGAUAAAGAACAUGUAAAGACCAAACCUCUAAUUAAAGAUGAACAAUCUGGCGUAGCCGAAGUUAAAUUUAUAAACAAUGAUUCUCAGAUGUCUGCAUCAGAAACUGAAGGCAAGGAUAAACCUAAAACUGAGAAGAAGCCAAAUAUUGGCACAAGGUCUCGCAAUGGCUGUUGGAUAUGUCGUUUAAGAAAGAAGAAAUGUACAGAAGAAAAGCCAAAUUGUUAUAAUUGUGAACGUUUGAAUUUAGAGUGUUAUUAUCAUAUAAAUAAACCAGAAUUUGUUUCUGAUCCAGCCAAGAAAAAACAAAAGUUAGAAGAAAUAAAGAAAAAGACCAAAGAAGCCAAAAGAAAUGCAAUGAGGAAAAGACCACCAACUUAA